AUGACCUCCACUCAAAACAUUGUGCUCAUCACUGGUGCAAACCAGGGCAUUGGCUAUGCAGUCGCAGAGCAACUGCUCCAACAUGAGAACUACUACAUUCUCCUCGGCUCGCGCAACGCAGAGAAUGGAAUCAAGGCUGCCGCCAAGCUCGACCCCUCAGGCAAAUCCGUGGAACCAAUCACUAUCGACGUGACAGACGACGCAUCUAUCCAGCAAGCAGCAGAUCAAAUUGCCUCGAAACACGCUCACAUCGAUGUCCUAAUUAACAAUGCUGGCAUCAAUAAUGAGAUCACUCAUUACUGGAAACAACAAGAAAGCAAAGAAGAAAACAAACCCGACCUCGCAGCUCUGCGCCAGACAUACCGUGAAGCCUAUGAAGUCAAUCUUUUCGGCGCGGCGGUCACUACCGAGGCUUUCAUACCACUUCUCAAAAAAUCCAAUGCAAAGCCCGCGCGUAUUGUGUUUGUCUCGUCGCACACAGGCUCUAUUGGUCUUCGGACUGAUCCAUCUUCCGACUUCUAUGAGAGGAUGAGUCGACCUUCAUUUCCUGUUUAUCGUAGUAGCAAGACUGCGAUGAAUAUGCUUACGCUGCACUAUGCAGCGAUGUUCAAGGAGCAGGGAUGGAAGGUCAAUGCGUCGUGUCCAAAUUUGACCAAGUCGGCUUUUUCUCGCUUUAGUGAUCUGGGAAGAUCACCGGCGGAGUCUGCAGUUAAUAUUGUUCGGUUGGCGACUCUGUCGGAGGAUGGGGAGACGGGACAAUACUUGGAUGAGAAUGGCACUGUUGCAUGGUGA